CUAGAAUUGAGAAUUCUAUUAUCUCGUGGUCACUAUGCCCCAGGCCCCCAGUGUGAUGUUGCUGGUGUCUUAGGUUUUGCCGUUGGAAAGGUGUCAUACAUAGGACAAUGCCUAAAAAAGUUCCAGAAAACUGGUGGUGUAACAUUUGGUCCACAAAAAAAAAGGCAUUGUCCUCAUACUUGGAAAGAAUGUGAAGCAAAGUUGCGAUCAAAUGAGAAAGAAGGUUCAAUUCCUUCAGCAUUUUAG